CCCAAAACAAAGUUUUUCAAUCAUAAUCCACCGAGGAGCUCACAAAAUCCGUUUCGUUUUGCAAUAACCUUUUGAAAUUCUCAAGGAUCUCAAAGUCAAGAUGAAAGGACCUGUUGACUACGGCCAUAAACCUGAUGGUAGAGGCGAUGGAGGUAGCCAUUAUAACAACAACCACCCUUAUCAUCAGCCUCAGGGACAUGGCGAGGGUAAUGAGUUUGCCGAAUUCUUAUGGAUGGGCGAAGAAAAUAUAGAGGAAUUUGAUAAGCAGUGCGAAUUGGAGUUCUGGGAGGAGCAGUUUAUCGAGAGUUGCUUUGAGGAGAUGUUGCAGGAGGAGCAAGGCCAAGGUGCUGCACCAGGAAAUGCAGGAGGUCAGCCCCAAAGACAAGGUCAGGAUAGCCACAGCGUCUUCAUUCCACCUCAGCAAAAUGCUCCUGGGCCUAAUAUUCUCGCAGCUCCCAGUCGGGUGCCCAAUAACAACUCGCAGCCAUUGCCUCGUCAGGUACCACCGAGGGAGGGGGCAGAUCUUGCUGGUAUGAUGCAGGGACUCAAUAUCGAGGAACAUAACCAAAAGAAUAGAGUGAUGAGCAGUAGACUGAAUCCAGACGCUCCAGUCUUUGUUCCAAGGAGUGGAGACAUCCGGAGUAGCGCCGACAGAUAAAAGUUUUGCUCCCUAACCAAGUAGCAUUUGAAUGGAGACUGCCUACAUCAAUUGUCAUUUGACCAGGAGUCCUUCAAUCUUGCUUGUGAAGCGUAGACAAUGUCACGCAUCACCAACCUUAGAUGUAUCAACAAAUGAAUUAGCACUGCAUCUUCAAGUUGCCUCUUUGUAAAAAUGUUCUGCCACGUAAGAUGGCAGUGGGAUGGCUUAUUGUUCGAGUGCAUGUGCUGCAAAUUUCAAAACUGCAAAAAAAAGUUCAAAACAACAAAUGGUUAUUGUGAAAAAAACUGUCCGCUGUAAACAUAGGUAUCCGAACUAACUGUAGAUUCAGGUCAUUCUAUUGUUACAAUAGUUGUCAGCAAAGUUGUAUGCAUUUUUGAAAAAUAAUACAAAAAAAUAUCUGUGAUUUUACUGAUCAUGUGGAGCCAAGGUUUCUUGGUUCAAGGGUUUUAAGACCAUUAAGGACUGAGAGUCUUCCCACGGACGUACUGGGAGUAAAUUUUUUCUAUAUCUAGAAUCUCAAAAAGGUACGUAAUAGUGCUCAACGAGUAUUUUCAAAAAUGCUGUAUCGGGUCGUAGGGUUUUGAAUAUUCUGUAGAUAUUUUCUUGCAUGUUCCACAGGGACGGAAGUCUACGUCAGUCCUUGAUGGUACUGAUAAGCUGUAUGUAGGUAUUGUUGUGUGGUUUCAUAUAAUCUGUCAUACAAAUUGCUCACAAUAUUUGUCAAAGUCUUGUUGGGAAGCAAAGUUAGACCUACUCAGAAUUUGAACUAAUUUAUGUAUGGUUUUUGAAGAUCAGAGAGUCGGUAGAAAACACAAUCAUUUAAUGUAGAAUACAACUGUCUUCCCAAUUGAAAAAACCCUCAGAUUACUAAACUGAAGGACUAGUGUUAAAACAAUGAAUAGCUAUAAGACAUCGAGUUUGUUUUUUAAUUUUGAUGAAAUAGCAGUGUUUAGCAAACUUAGAUUCGUAAACAAACUACUGUAUUGUUGUUACUACCUAAUCUAAUUUGAAGUCAAGUGCACAGCCCAAAUAAAAACACUUCAGAUGUUAUACAAGUUGUCUCAAUGUGUGUGAUCAGACACAGAUAAAAUGUAGUCUCGUAGACAUUUGGAAGAAAACUACACUGCAUCUACGAAAACGACUUUCAGGUGGUCUUUUAGGCAAUGGGUGAUAUGAAUAAAGACUAGCAAAUGCUUUUAUCUAAAACUUCCUGUACAUUUACACUGGGCCUUUCUGUACAAAACUGAAGUAAAAGCAAUUGCCAGAUUUUAUUCAUAUCACCCAAUGGCACAAUGGCACAACCACCAAUCAAUUUCAAGAAAACGUUUCAUUUAAUGUCAGAUACUGGUAGGUUUCUUGUGAUGGUUGGUUGGUGGUAUCGCCAUGACUUCCAUGAUAUUGGUAUCAGCCACAUUACUAUUUGAAUCGACCAGUAAAGUGUUGUCUUUCUGUUCCUGUAUAUUGCAUAAUAUUUUCUGAGUUCUGGCAUGUUCACUCAGUUUUCAAGUGUAAUCUACCUUUACAAUGAUAACUAGAAAUUAGUAUUGUUGGCAAAAUGCCAGGUAAUAAGAACUCUGCUCUAAGGACAGUUGCAUAGUUGUGCUGUAAUACGUUUAAGUGGACUUGGAGCGUUGCCCAUGUUUAAAAUAUUCAGACGUUAUGAUAAUUACAAUUAAGGUAGGCACGAAAACAAACCAUUAUACAGAUGUUAUAAUGUCUGUCGUUUUCAUGUACAUGUGGUAUGUCAUGGAUUAUGUCGGCUAUUGUCAUAUUGAAUACACACUGCACAGGUGAAGACACAGCUGGCUCAGCUGUCAUUCUUUUGCACUUAACAUUUACCAUAAGGACAGAACUCAGAAAUAUGUAUGCUUCUAAUUCUCGUGAAUGUUUUUCGGAUCAGUUUGUUCUGAGAAUGUUUGUAUCAUAUGUUCAAUGAGUUGCCAAGUUGUGAAGCGAUGAAUCCUGUACAGAAUUUAACGACCUAAAUAUUUUCCGUCUUCAUUUUUUUCUGAUGCUCCUCUGUGGUAAAUGCAGAUUAUUUCGGAUAUGUUUGAGACGGAAAAUGAGGAAUACACCAGUCUAGAUGUUGUCCCAUUUGAAACUUGUGCUACUAAAAGAUUGAGCUCACAAAAUCCUCAAAAUUGAAAAGAAAUUAGGUGAUGGCAAAACAUUUUUUUUUCGCUGAUUAACCCUCCUGAUCUAAUACUAGUAAGUGUAAUAGGUUAUAAAAAAUAAUUUCGAUGAGCCAUUCUAAAGAAGAAAAAAAUGUGAUUUUCCUGAUUUUUGUGUGCUUAUUAGGUGAGUUUUGGCAAGGAAAUUAUUCGCAUAUAUUUUUUCAAUUUUAACCUAUUCAGCUACCAUUGAGAUAAAAAAGUCAUUAUCAUUUGUUAUCUAAUACAUGAUUACUUACUUAUACGCCAGAUAAUUAUCAUUGUUUGGAUACCAGCAUCAUUCGAUUGUCAAGCUGGGCAUGUUUUUCUGAUACAUGUAAUUGCGCCCAAAUGAAAUGCUGAAUAUUAUUCAUGUUACCUCAAAUUGGUUGUAUGCAGUGAUGAACUGAUGAACCUUUUCAAAAGCAAAAUAAUAAACUAAAAAAUCAUUUUGGUUUCAUUGGUAUUUGAGAUUUUUUUGUGGUGUGCGUCCCCUCUAAUUUUAAGUGUGCUCUUUUCUUUAAUUUUGUGGGGUUUCAAACCAAAAUAUGGUAAAGAUGGACAGUAGCUUUCUGCUUGAAUGUUUAAAGUAAUAUAUUCCAUUUGAUAUGGGCUGGGUCAAAAACAGAAUUUCUGUUGUGUGUGUGGUGGAUUGGGAAAUUUUUGUAUUUAUGCUGCACCUUUAAUAACGUGUGUUCAAAAAACUCUCAAAGUCUAAGAAAAACUGUCGACCACUUGACUUAGCUUAUUUCACUUUUUGUGAAGGAUGAAAUGCACACUAACUUUGAAUUAUCGAAUGAAACUGUCAUCUAGUUAACUUCGAUAGCAGAUAUUCAUCAGUUUGCAUGAUGAAUGUGAGGAAUGUCUUGUUUUUAGCUCUCUGAGAAAAGUAUUGUGUCUGGAGAAAAAAAUGGACAGCAUCUGUCCAAUUUGUUGCUUUUGGUAAUAUUUACAAGACAACUGUGUAUUAUAAAUAUUCAAAAUAAUAACACCAUGUGAGUGAUCACAAUAAGAGCAUUUAGACAUGACUAAUGUCACUUGCUUGUGCCAUUAUGGAAUACAGUAUUUGAUAUUGUGCUAAUAUAAGAACUUGGGACAAAUACCAACUAGAUCUCACUGCUUCCAGUCAGUUGUUGAAGUCUCUUUGAGGCUGGCUCCUGCCUUGUGCAGUGCAUCAACAUGGCAGCUUGUGUCCAAAGCCAGACUACAUAUAUGUUUGGUUGGGGCCAAGAACAAACACCCUUGUGUUAGCAGGGCUUUUGUGUUAAUCAUAUAUGAUUGUGUGAGCAAUUUUCCUUUUUGAACUUUAGACAGGCCAGAAACUUUUUACGCAGGAGCUCGGAAAAUUCCUAGGCCUACAAGUAUCAUAUAGUUUACUUGUGAACUCAUGGUACUAAUGUCAAUUCAAUUGGAUGUGCUUGACUCGAGAUGUUAUUGAGAUUUUCUCCAGUUGCGUUGAAUGUAGGGAGCAGCACUUGUUUCAGAACACCUGUUUGGCUAUGGAGAAAACACAGUUAUUGCACUGGACACUUUCAGCAUGUCUUGAACCUUCAAAAAAUCACCUGGGGUAUGUUUGGAUUUGAGAGCUAUUAUAUUUUUUCAGCAUAUUUAUUGGACUAGAUUUGUUUUGGUGUAUUUUGAAUUUACUUUUCAUCAUGAAUAAUUUCCUUGCUACUUGACUCUGUGUAAAUUUAAAUUGGUCAGACACAGGUGUUGGAGUUUGCAUUUGAUUAGAAACUUGUGCAGGCAUUUAAAACCAACCUUGCUCCAGUCCAGUUCUAGGUGUUUAGUUGAUUUUGUCAUUGAAGAGGCAAAGCUAGCAUGUUGAUUCAUUUUACUCAGUAGUUUGUGGACUUCAUGUGUUUUAUGACCAGAUUUCACAGUUGGGGAGGUAAAAAAAAACACUCCCUGUGUUUCACUGAUAAAUUUAUGUGAUAUUAAUUUAAUAUCACAAAAAGCUGUUCACAGACUAUUGAAAACAUGCUAAUUCUGACCUCCAUGUAAAAGUAAAUUUAAAUUUUGUGCACUUCGCGUACAAUCAUUGUGAUCCCUCAAAAGUCACAAUACAUUCUUUAGUUGGAAAUUCAACAGCAUUGCAUUGCUGACGGCCCAGCUUACUGAUUGAUACAUGCUGGGCAAUACCUUCAGAAUGUUGAAUCUUCAUGAGAAAAGUCUGUGACCUAUAGAGGGAGUAUCUGCUCUUGCCCCAUCUCAUUCUCAUGGUGACGACAUCCAAGUCAUUUCUAGCCAAGUUGCAUGAAUCAAAUGAUGUUGACGUGGCAAUUUGGUGUCCACUGCGCCUGCAUGACCGCAACUGAAUGAAGAGAUCAUUCAGGAACUGUCUGGCAGCUGUGAUUGUUGACCCGACGUCAUGACAUCAUGAUGACGUCAUGGCAUCCUUGUGACGUCAUCAGUGACAUCAUUUAAGUUGCAUGAAUCAACUGUACAUUUAGUGUCUUCCAGUACAUUCAUUUGUACAUUCGGACACUAUUUUGUUUGAAAAUGUACUGGUAUUCUAGCAAACUUGACGUGAAUUAGACUCCAUUCUUGUACACAUUGCCUCAAAAACAUCAAGAAUGGUUGAACAUAGCAUCCUGGUUUAGAUACCCAAUAAUAUUUGAAUGAAUUACAGUACCUAUCUCGAUAUGUCAAUGUAGAAGUUCUGAACUGAGAUUGGAUUUAGGAUUUAAAUUGCUUCUUUGGCACUGAAAGAUGUUCUGAUAACAAACCCUCCCUUGAUUGUUUUUGAGACAAACUGUACUGAGUCUGUCAUGUGUUUGAUACUGUAGUCUGAAGGGUAAUACAAAGCAUAGGUUUUAGCUCCAUGCUGGUGCUCAAGUUGUUGACAUUUUCCACUGCCUUUCCUGGUGGCAUUUAUCAUGGGAGUAGAGUGUGGUCCAUAAAAGUGUUUUUUUGGAACAUACUGUGCAGUUCCAUACUUAUGUACCGUACUAGGUGUGUGGUGAAGAAUGCAAAAUUAUAUGUAUUAUGGUGUACAAAGUGCACCGGAAUGCCGAUGCUGUGAUAGGCAUUGCAGUUAUUAAUCUGCACAAUGGCAAGUACACUACAUUGGUUUUGAAAAUUGGGCAAAACGCUUUCUUUAAUGGGAAUGAUUGGAUUCACGAACAACUUGGAUGCUUGUCAUAUUCGAGGCCCUUCUCCAAAAAAAGGAGAUUAUCACGUGGAAAAUUUGAGUAACUGCAGGCCUACAUGUACGUUCCUAAAAUGAUGUCUCGAUAAAUUGUUUCUACAUGUUUCUUCAUUGCCCUUUAAAACCAAUGAAAAGGGUACAAGCUCCCAGAUGUGGGACUAGCUACGAUGGCUUACAGUGAUAUUUUUGUCAAAUUGGUGUGAUCAGAGUUAGGGGGCAUUGCCCACUGAUCACUUUCUAAGUAUGGAGUGAGAAAACCAAUGCUUGUGUGAGCCUAUGAUGACGUGUACAAGGAAAUGUGCAAUAAAAAGUUCAAAAUAAACAA